CCGCUGGCUCCGCCCAGCGCCGCGGCGUCGCCAAGCAACGGCGCGCCUGCCUCACCACGGCGUGGUUACGUCACGGCCUCGCGAGAGCUCGCCCCGCCAUACCGCCCCGUGAUCCCUUGCCCCGCCUCUUUGCGCCAGUGCUGCACCAUGGGUAUCUCUAGGGACAACUGGCACAAGCGUCGCAAGACUGGGGGCAAGAGGAAGCCUUAUCACAAGAAGAGGAAGUAUGAGUUGGGGCGACCUCCUGCCAACACCAAGAUUGGCCCACGUCGAAUUCAUACAGUGAGGGUUCGUGGUGGAAACAAGAAGUACCGUGCCCUUCGGUUGGAUGUUGGCAACUUCUCCUGGGGAUCUGAAUGCUGCACUCGAAAGACCAGGAUCAUUGAUGUCGUCUACAACGCUUCCAACAAUGAACUGGUGCGGACAAAGACCCUGGUGAAGAACUGCAUCGUUCUGGUUGACAGCACCCCCUACCGGCAGUGGUAUGAAUCCCACUACGCCUUGCCCCUUGGACGCAAGAAGGGCGCCAAACUGACUCCUGAGGAAGAGGAAAUCUUGAACAAGAAGCGUUCAAAGAAGAUCCAGAAGAAAUAUGAUGAGCGAAAGAAGAAUGCCAAGAUAGCAAAUAUUCUUGAGGAACAGUUCCAGCAAGGAAAGCUACUUGCCUGCAUUGCCUCCAGACCUGGACAGUGUGGCCGAGCUGAUGGCUACGUGUUGGAAGGCAAGGAAUUGGAGUUCUACUUGAGGAAGAUCAAGGCCAGAAAAGGCAAAUGAAUAAAAAAAUACUCUGAGAGAACGAAUAAAACCAAGCCUCCUCCAG